AUGUUAAAUUUAUAAACCAUAUUAAGAGGAUUUGAAGAAAAUGGAUUAAAAUAGGAGAGUCUGUACAAGGCAGAUGAAAUAUUGGCUAAAUUAGAUAUUAUGGCAAAGAAGGAAUUUGAUAGAGACAUUGCAGAAUAAUUAUUUUAGCAAUGCAAACCAACUUAAUUAAAUUUGAAAAUAGUUUAUAGACUUGCAGAUAUUGGUUAAACAAUCAUAGAUGCAAUAUAGCUAUAAUCAGAAAAAGCAAGGAAUGCUGAAUAAUAACUUAAAUAAAUUUAAUAAAAUAAAGUUAUAUGUGAAAGUCAAUUAGCAGAAACAUGUUUGUUAUAAAUCUAUAAUUAGCUGUUUAUUCAAAUACUAGAUACUUAUUUCUGACAUUAUUAUGUGCAAAAAACAUUCCUUUAUAGUUGAAAUACACAAAUUGUCACAUUUAGUUAACUUUAGGGGUUAUAAAUUAAAUUGCUAAACCAGAAUAACAAUAUGAUAAAGUUAAUCCUGAAUUUAAUCAAGAAUUCGAAUUGUAAAUAUAUUAUUAUUUAAAGUUAAUAUUAGUUCUGUUCCUCCUCUAAUCUCUACUUUAUAAAUUCAAUUUUACAUCAGAACUGAAAACACUUUACCUAUACUUUGGGGUUAAGCUUAAUUAAAGAUAUAAUAAUUGGAUGAUCAAGUUAUUAAAUAAGUUGAGCUUAAAUUAGUAGAUCCAGUAGGUAGAGACCUUGGUUCCACUAUUGAAUUGGAAGCAUAAAUAGUAUUAAACAAAGUAAUUUUAAAUAUUUGCUAAUAGAUAACAGCAUCAAUAUUUAUAGGCGCAACUAUAAAAAUUUGAAUAGAAAAUUUUUACUUUAGAUAAUGAUUUGAUUGAAUAUAAGAAUAAUUUAGAAAUAAUUGAGAGACCAUUCAAAGCUAAAUAAUUAUCAAAAGAAUAGAAUAAUAAGUAAUUGUCAUCAAAUAUAUUUAAUUAAUAACUACAUACUUCUUAAAAUUAAUAAGAUUAAGAUCAAAAUAUCUAUGAAAUAGAUUAAUAAUAACAUUAAUUAAAUUCACCUUAAGAACAUAAAGAAUAAAUAUUAUCUAUACUAUAAUCUGAUAAAUAAAUAGAAAUUUAAGAUGAAACACCAGAAGCUCCUGAGAUUCUUUAACAUGGUGUUAUCAUAUUCACAAUCUAUGGACUAAUCACCUUAUUUGUUUGUUCUGCCAAACCUUCUUUUUUAGAUGUAUAUAAUAAUAAUAUAUUUAUAUAUAUAGGUGUUAGUCUGUCAUGGAUUGAUGUUCACUAUUUUGAUGGAUAGAUUUGAGCCAUUUCAUAUUAAAUUGGUUGGUGCAGGACUUCUUGCUUCAAUUUUAUAUGAUAUUUUGUGGAUGAAAUAAUAUCAUGUAGUGAAUUUCUUAUUAAAUUAGUUAUGGUGGUAUAGUGAUGAUUAAAAUAAUCCAGAAUGGGGAUUGAAUGCUGUUAAUUUAUUAAGAUUUGUUCUAAUCUUUACUUAUAUGUAAUUCCUAUACAAAGUAUUUUACUUAAAUUAUUAGUAGUUUGUUGUAUGUUAUUAUUUAUAUUAAUUUCAUAGAGAAUCCAUAGACCCUACUAAAAGAUAUGUAUUUACUAUUUGGAAAAUAUAAUAUAAAGUGGGUAAGAAUAGAGAAAGUGUUUCUUGGUAAUGAUCAAAUUUUAACUAUAAUUAUGCAAUUUCUUUGCUUUUAUUUUUAAAUAAUUUAAUUAUGAACAUCUUACGAAUCGUUUAUAGAUAUAGUCAAUCUUUUUCCUAUCGUUUGAGUGAACAAGGUUAAGGUUUCUCUUAUAAAAUUAAUCUACAUUGCAAUGAUACUAUAAAAUCCUUUUGGCAUGAUAUACCCAUCUAUCCAAUAAAAGAUUAAUAUAACAUAAUAAAUGUUGGAAUUGAAAUACCUAAAGAAAGGUUAGCUAAAUUUGAAGUAAGUAAAACCAUUAAAUAUAAUCCAAUUGUGUAAGAUUAAAAGAAAAAAAAAAAUUCUGAUGAAAAAGAACUUAGAUAUUAUGCUUAAUUUGCACCAUUUAAUUAUGGUUUUAUUCCAUAAACAUGGGAAAAUUCAACUGUUGAUUUACAUGAUGGAUUUAAGGGAGAUGAUGAUCCUUUAGAUAUUUUGGAAUUUAGUAUUCAAAAAGAAUAUAAACCUGGGGAUAUAUUUUAAGCUAAAAUAAUUGGAGCCUUUUGUGUUUUAGAUCAAGGUGAAAUAGAUUGGAAGAUAUUAGUAUUGAACACUGAGGAAGCUGAUAAAUUUAAAAUUAAUGAUUUUCAUGAUUUUGAGAAAUAACAUAGUGAUAUAAGUAGAUUGAUUUUAAAUAGAUUUCGUUAUAUAAAGACUUUUGAAGGAAAAAAGGAGAAUUCAAUUUUAUUCAAUAAUUAAAUCUUUGAUGCAAAUAAAGCAAUUGAUAUUGUUAAAGAUGGUUAUAAAUAAUAUUAAGAUUUACUUAAAGAUCCUAAAUUAAAUAAAAAAAGAGAGGAAUUUUAAAUUACUGAAUGA